GAAAAGUUGACUCAUAAUCUCUAUUUCAUAGUCAUAUUUGUACAUGAGUUGUUUAUCAUCAGCUAUUUAAUUUGUGCAUUUUACAGUUACGGCCGCGGCAAAACUAUUUAGUAAAAAUAGACGUGAAUUGGCCAUUGCAAGAUAUCAAGAGGCAGAAGAGAGCCUAACAGCAUUGCAUAUGCUGGCACGUAAACCUUCAGAAAUUCUACACAUGAAAUCAGAGGAGGUGGACGAGAAUGGCAAGGGAGUAUCAGCGGAUCUGGGAUUGUUCUUGAUGAUAUGGGUUGAGAUUAGGACAUUACCAAAGGAAGAGAUUUUGGAGUUGAUCACUCAACCCUCAGCAGUGUUGUUUGAUGCAAUAAAAUCAGGACACGACGUGGUUGUGAAACUGCUUCUUUCUCUAAAUCCUGGACUAUUCAUAAAAGAUUCCAAUAAUGGACAGAACCUAGGACACUUGAUUGUUCAAUAUCGACAUUUUGAUUACUUUAGGUUUAUAGAUUUUAAGAGAAAGCAGAUAAUAGGAGCAGUGGACAGUGAAGGAAACAACGUUCUACACAUGGCUGCGCAUCUACCACUUCAAUUCCAGGCAUUAUCAGGUUUAAGAGCAAGCAUUCAAAUGCAAAAAGAGCUUGCAUGGUUCAAGGAAGUGGAAAAAAAGGUUCCUAGUGACUUAAGGAGUAUGAGAAACAAGAAGGGAAAGAGACCAAUCGAUGUAUUUUAUGAUGAACACGAGAAGAUAUCUAAUGAGAUCAAAGAAUCUGCCAAAGGAAUAGCGAACUCCGGAAUGGUUGUGGCAACACUUGUUGCUACAGUAGCGUUUGCAGCUGCUGUGACGGUUCCAGGUGACAAGAAAAAUGAUUGGUUCGUUGUCUUCAUCAUCACAAAUGCAAUAGCAUUAUUCAGUUCUUCUGCUUCUAUACUCUCUUUCUUGUCAAAUUUUACUUCUUCAAGAUUUGCAGAAAGUGAAUUUGUGAUAUCAUUACAUCCCAGCUUGACUUUUGGACCUGCUUUGCUAAUCAUUUCUGUUGCUGCUAUGGUUGUGGCAUUCAUUGCGACAUGUUUUCUGAUAUUUGAAGACACAAGGAAGUGGGUUUGUUAUGUAGUGACUUCAAUGGGGGUUUUCCCAUUACUCUUGUUUCCUCUCUUUCAAUUUAGCUUAUUCGACGAACUCAUUUGGUCUAGAUGGUAUCGUACCAAAGAGUCCAUGGUUCCUGUCUCCACCACAUUGUAUAUGUUUGUGAAGCCAUUAUUAAAGUUUGUUUGCAAGAAACCUUCAGAUCCAACUCUCUUAGAGGACAAUUAUAGAUCCGAGAAUUUGGAUGACAGUAUUUAGAUCCGAAUACGCACA